AUAAUUCAAGGAAGAAAACGAAAAUGACAAGAAGUUUUGGCCAUUUUAUGUUCAGCCGACCAUAGACGCAUCCUUCUACUUUGUGAUUUAAGGAAGCAUAAGUUCUUUUCGUGUUUCGGGUUUGUGAAAAAAGUCAUCAUGAAGGCUAAAGGAGAGUUGAAAGAAUAUGAAGUCAUUGGACGUAAAUUGCCUACCGAAAAGGAGAAGGUUACUCCUUUGUAUAAAAUGAGGAUUUUCGCCCCAGAUCAGAUUGUUGCAAAAUCUCGUUUCUGGUAUUUCUUGCGUCAAUUGAAAAAAUUCAAGAAGUCCACUGGUGAAAUCGUAUCCGUCAAGAGGAUAGCUGAGAAAACACCCUUGAAAAUCAAAAAUUUCGGUAUCUGGUUGAGGUACGAUUCCCGUUCUGGAACCCACAAUAUGUACAGGGAAUACAGAGACUUGACUGUUUCUGGAGCCGUAACUCAAUGUUACAGAGAUAUGGGAGCCCGUCAUAGAGCAAGAGCUCAUGCUAUUCAGAUCAUCAAAGUUGAAGUUGUUGCUGCUUCUGCUACUAGGAGACCUCAAGUAAAACAAUUCCACGAUUCUAAGAUCAGGUUCCCAUUGCCCAAACGCAUCCAACACAAAUCUAUGAAUAGGUUCUCUGUACGCAAACCUAGGACCUAUUUCCUUUAAGUUUUGUAAGUGCUACAAUAAAUAUUAAAACUUA